GGAGCAGGAGGACCGCUCUUACGGAUUACAGGACUGCAUGCUCUGGACACCCCCCUACACACACACACACACACACACACACACGCGCGCGCACACACACACACACACACACACACACACACACACCCUCGCUGGAGUUCUCCCGGCUUUCUUUGUUCCUGCUGAGCUGCUGUGCAGUGAUUCCCGGGAUGAGGGCAAGCCAGGAGUCGUGAAAAGCUAGUUCUCCAGGGUUCCUGUGUCUUGAGGUACCACAGAGUUCUCCAGGGUUCCUGUGUCUUGAGGUACCAUAGAGUUCUCCAGGGUUCCUGUGGUUCCCCUGCGGGGCCCGUGGACGUGAGAUGGGGUUCUUCCGGGUUCUUGCGGUGCUGCUGGUGCUGCUGGUGCUGGGCGGAGCCGAGAGGAGGAGGGGCGGCGACGGGAGGCGUGGCCUGGUGAGGGGGCGUGGCCGAGCGCGCGCUGUGAAGCGAUUGGCUGAGGAGUGUAAGGAGUACGUGGAGGCGGGCGAGAAGUACCUGGACUGUCAGGACCGCGGCCUCACCUCCGUCCCCCCCGACUGGCCCGCGGACACGCAGCACCUGCUGCUCGCUCGGAACCACCUGCAGGUGCUGCGCGACGGAACCUUCAGCCACCUGCCGCGGCUGCGCUCGCUGGACCUGCAGCAGAACCGCAUCUCCCGCGUGGAGGACGGCGCCUUCGCCGGACUCGACCAGCUGCACUCGCUGCUGCUGCAGAACAACCGUCUGAGCGCGCUCAGUGAGGAGCCGCUCACCGCGCUGCCGCGCCUGCGCUACCUGCGUCUCUAUAGCAACCCCUGGCGCUGCGGCUGCGCGCUGGACAGCCUCGUGCGCACGCUGCAGGUGCCCGCCAACCGCCAGCUGGGCAACUUCGCCAAGUGCUCGGAGCCGCAGGAGCUGCGCGGGCUCAAGCUCAAGAGGCUGAAGGCCGACCUGCUGUGUGAAGCUCCGCCCCCCCCGGACCCCAACGCCCCGCCCACGCCCACAGGGGGCGGAGCCAGGCCGCCGGGCAUCAGCAAGCCGCAGGACGCCACCAGCCUGUGCCACACCUACAUGGUGCCGCGCCCGCGACUAGACUGCGCCCGCCGAGAUCUGCAGUACGUUCCCGCGGACAUCCCGCCGGACAUCGUGCAGAUGGACUUGUCCACCAACAGCAUCCAGAGGCUGCGGCCACGCGACUUCACCAGCGCCAAAGACCUCAAGACCCUCAACCUCAGCAGCAACGCCCUGGAGAGCAUCGAUACAGCUGCGUUCGCUGGGCUGCUGUACCUGCGUGAGCUGGACCUGUCCAACAACAGCCUGCAGUUCUUCCCGUACGGCGUGCUGGAGGACCUGUACUUCCUGAAGCGCUUGUCCCUGCGGGGAAACCCCUGGCGCUGCGACUACAGCAUCCACUACCUGCUGUACUGGCUCAAGCACCACCCGGGCGUGCAGCACUCGGGCCUGGUCUGCAGCGCGCCGCCCGAAUUCCGCGGGUGGAACGUGGAGGACUACGUCAAGACCUACAACGCCGACUGCCCCAAGGACUGGCAGGUGGGCGGAGCCAACGGAGGCGAGGUGACGGACAAGGGCGAGGCCAAUCAGGACACGGCGGCGGCGGCGCAGGAGCUGAAGGCGGAGACGGACGAGGAGGUGGAAGAGAGGCGUUAA